GUUCAAGAGAGAACCACCAAUUGGAAAUUCCAUAACAUAGUUAAUUAGCAAAAAAAAUUGAGAACCAAGUUGUGAGAUGGCAGAAGUGAAGUUGCUAGGUUUUUGGUAUAGCCCAUUUAGUCACAGAGUUGAGUGGGCUCUAAAGCUUAAGGGCGUGAAAUAUGAAUAUAGAGAAGAAGAUCGAGAUAACAAGAGCUCUCUACUUCUUCAAUCCAAUCCUGUUUACAAAAAAGUCCCUGUUCUCAUUCACAAUGGAAAACCCAUUGUUGAGUCUAUUGUCAUUCUUGAAUAUAUUGAUGAGACUUUUGAAGGCCCUUCCAUUUUGUCUAAAGACCCUUAUGAUCGAGCUUUAGCUCGUUUCUGGGCUAAGUUCCUUGACGAUAAGGUGACUGCAAUAGUGAAUACUUUCCUUCGCCAAGGGGAGGAGCAAGAGAAAGGUAAAAACGAAGUUUGUGAGAUGCUGAAAGUUCUUGACAAUGAGCUCAAGGAUAAGAAGUUCUUUGUGGGUGACAAAUUUGGGUUUGCUGAUAUUGCUGCGAAUUUGGUGGCAUUUUGGCUAGGAGUUUUUGAAGAAGCCUCUGGAGUUGUUUUGGUGACAAGUGAAAAUUUUCCAAAUUUUUGUAAGUGGAGACAUGAGUACAUUAACUGCAGCCAAGUCAAGGAAUCUCUACCUCCAAGAGACGAGUUACUUGCUUUUUACCGAGCUCGCGCUCGCGCUCCCAAAUGAACACAUCCUCGAUCAUCUUAUGAAGUUUCGGAUUAUGUAUUUCAAUAAAAUUGUGAAUCUAGGACGAGUUAUGUAAAUUCAAUUAUGUAUAUGUAUGCAAAAAAAAGAAAAAAAAUUAAAUAUAUGUUUGUAUAAGAUUAUGCUUGUUCACUCUA